AUGAGUGACAAUAGAUCUGCACCAUCUUCUCUGUCUCAAAAUGUUGCUAAGAAAAAGAGGGGUAGACCCCAGGGUUCAAAAAAUAGACCCAAACCAACUUCCAUUAUUAAGGAAGAAUCUAACAUUUUGGAACCAAUUCUUAUUGAGAUCCCUCAAGGAAGAGAUGUUGUGGAGUCUCUCAUUAACUUAGCAAGGUCUCAUCAAGCUGGAAUCAGUGUAAUGUCUGGUUCUGGUUUUGUCUAUGAUGUUACCAUUAUCAACCCAAUAACUCGUGCCCUGAAUUUUCCCAUAGGAGGACCGAUCUAUAUGAAAUCUCUCAUGGGAACUUACAUAAAUCCUAAUAUUGGUCAGGCUUCUCCCUCCAUCUUGAGCACUACAACAAUAAAUCCCUUUUUCUCCAUUACUCUCUCUAGUGGUGAUAAAGAACAUUUGUUUGGUGGAGUUGUUGGAGGGAAGCUAAUGACUGCUGGAAAUGUUUUGAUUACUGCAGCUUUUGUUAAGAAAUCUAAAGUUCAUAGGCCGCACAUAAAUAAUGGAAAAUUUCACCGUAUUAAGUUGCCUCUAAUCAAGAUUGAUAAUUUUGAAUGA